AUCGAAGCCGUAGUUCGCAGUCGCCCCACGAGGCUUUUCCCCAGGUAUAAAAAGGGCUGUCUUGUCGCGCCUGAUUGAGAUGAUGCUCGUUUAGACAAUCAUCAAUCUGUUUUUCCCAUCAAAACAUACACUCUCUUGUAUCAAAGUCGUGUGGCAGGCCACUCUUCCCUUCACUGCGACUUCAGAGCAUAUUCGUCAUUUCUUGACAACCUCUGUUCCAAUCUCUUGCCAAAAUUCCUUAACUGUCUGACGCAGUUCGAUCAUUCCAUUCACUAAAUCACCAUGUACGGUUACACCACCAUCUCGCUCCUCGUAGCCGCGGCUGGCGCCGCCGCGGAGGGUCUCUCCAUCACCCCCCACGACAGCUAUUCCUCCUCCGUCGGGGUUCUGGGCUGCAAGAUCGACACCAACCGUGUUGCCUACUGGCCCGGCUCCGUCGACUGCAACAACAUCUGCGUCAAGCUGACGUACGGGGGCCGGUCAGUCAACCUGCUGCGCAUUGACGAGUCGCAAGGGGCCCACGACAUCAGCUACGAUGCCUGGAACUACCUGCAGACGGGUGACUCGGCCACGACCAACCCCAUCACAGGCGGCGGGGUAACCAUGGACUACGAGGACGUCGACGCGUCCGAGUGCGCCAACCUCAUCAAGACAGACGGCCAGAAGCUGCCCUUCAGCGCGUCCAACAGCAUGAACUUCAUCAGCAGCUGUCUCGCCCAGCCCUCCAGCUGGGUCGCGCAGAACUAUGUCCUGUACAACAUCCUCGACUCCAUCUGCACCCUUGGCUACGAUGAGACCUGCACCCUCGACCUGGCCACGAGCAACCAGCCCUCGUGCCCGCACACCCUCGGCCUGACCGACCCCCUGACCGACCCCGCCGAUGCCGUCUACAACAUCGAGUACCCCUCGGGCAAGACCGUCCAGGCCGGCACGAGCCAGGCCGCCAAGGUGAAGGUCGUCGCCAAGGACAGCUCCGCCGCCAAGGUCGCCACCAAGCAGUCUGCUGAGCGCAGCGCCGGCAGCGCCGGUGCCAAGGUCCCUGCCGCGCUGGCGCUGGUCGCCGGCGCCGUGGCUAUGAGCGUCCUUUAAGCCAGCCAGCCAGCCAGUCUGGAGGGAGGGAUUUGAUGUUGCACGAGUUUCAUUUAUGUUGGGGAAACGGGGUUUCGGGGUACAUGUUUUAUAGAUGCUUUUUUACCAGACUUGAGAGAGUUUUGAUGGAAAUAAGACAGACAAUCUUUCUGCACACAAUAUCCACCGUACCGACCGCGAUGAGACGUGACUGACGUGACUCGAGGCAUGUCGCAUAGCAGUCGGCCUGCUUUUUGAUGCCGGCAACGCCUGUCCGGCUAUCCGCCAACUUUGGCACGUUUCUGCAUUAUUGGUGGAGGUCUGGGGACUUAAAAGAACGCAUUGCAAAUGUUCAUACCUAAGCACGUGC